AUGCUAAUACUAUUCUAUUUUCUUGUAUUAACUAAACAAUAAAGAGAUGUAGAUUUUGAUGAUAAUUAUUAUUGGACAUCAAUUGAUGAAUUGUCAGAUAAUAAUAUUUAUAAGAUCAAAAAUUUAAACCAACCUUAUUAUUAUGUCUAAGUUACUUUAUUUUAAGAGGAUUUAUCUUUUAUUCUUAUUUAUGAUCUUAAUCAAAUUCCAAAAGUAAAUACAUCAAGGGGUGACUAUAUAAGGUAUUAAAUUAGAUUAAUUAAUAAGUUAUUAUGAAAAGAGAAAAACAAGAUUUCUGAAAAUUGAACCUAAUGGCAAAGUAAUUUAUAUCACUACACAUUCUAAAAAUAAUAAAGGAAAAUAUAAUAUAACUAUAUGGGGAAGUAAAAUCGAUUAUUGUGAUAAUAGUUGCUCAAAUAAUGGAGAAUGCUAUGUAAAUAUCAGUUCUAUAAAAGGAUGAUGGAUGUGAAUGUUACUCUGGUUAUAUAGGAUCAGAUUGCCAUUAAACGGCCUUGGAAAUUUAGGAGGAACAUAAUGAGAUUUACUUUUAUGGAGAUGAGACUUAAUUCUUUUAUCUUAAUAUAAAUAAUUGGGAUGAAAUGGACAUCCAAUUAAAGUUAAGUGUAAAUUAUAAACUCAAAAUUAGACUAAUAGCUAUUAAGGAAUUGAAAUCACACUGUAAUUAACAGAUGCAAUAAUCAUUCCAAGUCAAAUUAAAUUGAAUAAUGAAGAUAGCUAUAUAAAAUAAUACAAAGUUUAUGAUACUUAGCCAUAAGAAUUAAUCUUUUAUAGUAUGGGUCCUUCUAAAGAUGAUUUUAAUAUUGUAUUUGCUGCAAGACCUAUAAAUGGUCAUUUAAACACAAUUGUUAGUACUCUAUCAAUAGAACUUACUUAAUAUGGUGAAUAAGAAAAUACAUUUUCUAUUAUUGUAAUAAUUAUAAUUGUAGUUGCUAUUUCAGCAGCUGUGAUUAUAAUUAUAAUAUUGUUUUUUGUAUGUAAAAAUAUUAGAAAGAGAAAAAUGUUAAGAUUAUAAGUAAGAUUAAGAAUGGCUAGAUUAGAAGGUUAACAACCUGUUUAGAACACUUAAUAAUAAGAUUAAGAGAAUCUUUUCGAUCUUCUAACUCCAAUUUCAAUAUAAGAAUGUAAUAAUUAAGAUAAUUGUGCCAUUUGUUUAGAGAAUUUAAAUAAUAAUUAAGAAGUCAGAUAAACACAUUGUCAGUAUUAAUAUAUAAUCAUUAAUUUAGUCAUAAUUUUCAUUCUAUAUGUAUAAAAGAGUGGAUUUAGAAAAAUAAAAAAGAAUGUCCUGUUUGCAGAUCUAAUCUAGCUAUUAAAGAUGUUGAUACUCAUCCAAAACCUAGUAAUUGA